CACACACACACACACACACACACACACACACACACACACACACACACACACACAAACAGAGAAGUUUUCAUUUACUCUGACUCAUGUUUUUUUCCAGACUGGAUUAUUCAGUGAAGACACAACUUUUGUGUUUGAAUGGUCUCCUCAGUUUGAGCCAGAAUACAGCACGCGUCAGUGAAACACACACAGACACACACAAACACACAAAGCCUGCAUGUAAGAAAGAAAAGUGCCUCCAUUCUUCCUGCAAACACAAACACUUAACUAAUGUUACUGCUCUGUGCUGCACAGAUGAGAGACAGGACUUGUGUGGCUGCUGUGGGUGGAGUGGAGCACAUUUCAGGGGCAUGAAUCACUGCGGUGUGUGUGUGUGUGUGCGUGUGUGUGUGUGCAUGUGUGUGCACAUGUGUGAGUCACAGCAUGUCUCCUGUUUAAGAGGGCCGUCUUUCUGCUCAUGACAGCAGAGUCUCAGCUGGGAACAGAAACUCAAUUAGCUCCAAGCAUGGCCCGUCUGGAUCAGGUCAUCACAAACAUUGUGGACAUUUUUAUGGAGUAUGCCGACGACGAGGGCAAGAAAUGUCAGCUAAACAAGGAGGAGCUGAAGAAGCUGUUUGAAACUGAGAUACAAAGCCCCGAGUUAAAGGAUGAAAUCAGUGCAAACGACAUCGAGGAGGCCAUGGAGAUGCUGGACAAAAACCACGACGGCGAGGUGAACUUCCGUGAGUUUUGUCGGUGCGUGUGCGACCUGGCCAAGUGCUACUACCACAAGAAGACGGGCAAGGGGGGGAGGAAGGGCAAGGGCAGAGGGCAGGGGAGCGACCAGGACGACUGCAAGAGCUAAAACUGCUUUUAAAAACAAGAAAAACAUGUAAAGUCAGGGGCGCCACCAAGAGGGGGGCCAGGGGGGCUAAUGGCCACCCGUAUAUAUUUGCUGGACCCCCCACAGGUCCUCCUUUGCCUUUUCUUCUGUGUGGCUUUUUCAUUUCCUGUAGCUAUUUAGAACUAGUGCAAGGUCAAACAUAAAAAUAUAUUGUUUUUAAAUAAUUAGUAGUCACAAAAAUAAUAAAACUAAUGGUAAUUCUAUUACAUGACAGUAUUUUGCAAACAGACUGAUUUACUCAUUUAAAGGGAACUCUAAACAUUAGCCAUUAUUUGAUAAACAGUUACUUUAACUAUAAAAACAAGACUGUAAAAAUACUAUAGCUUGUUUAGUUUUUAUAAA